UGUAAACCCGGAAGUACGCACACUGUCGGCAUAUAGCGUACAUAUUGGUGACACCAAUGGGAAGAAAAUAACAUUAACACUGUUCCUAUAAGUGUUACUGACAUGGACAGCAUGGUGGAGGACAGGAGGGAUGAACCACAUACAGACUUCAUGUACUGUUGUGGAGCCAUCACAGAGACUCUGAAAUUUGGCUCCUGUCAGUUACACUCUGGACACAAGGUGCUUUUUCUUAUCAUUCCAGGAAACCCAGGGGUAGUGGGCUUCUACAAAACUUUCAUGCAAACUCUUCACAGCAUGUUUGGCUACCGUCACCCUGUGUGGGCUGUAUCCCAUGCUGGCCACUGUGUACCCCCUGACACAAUGGACAUUGUGGAUGAUACCUCUUCAGCAGCAGAGAAAGAUGUGUUUGGUAUUAAUGGACAGAUUGAACACAAGUUGGCCUUUCUCAGGAAACAUGUUCCCAGAGAAACAAGUCUGGUCCUGGUUGGACACUCCAUAGGCUGCUACAUUAUUUUGGACAUGAUGAAGAGAGAUCCUGAGCUCAAGGUUUUGAAGGCCGUCAUGCUGUUUCCCACCAUUGAGCGCAUGGCCCUGUCUCCUCAGGGCAGGGUCAUGACCCCUGUCCUGUGCCACAUGCGUUAUGUGGCGUAUCUGCCCCUGUUCCUGCUCUCUCUGUUGCCUGAACGCCUCAAAAGCAGCCUGAUCAAACUGGUGUUGGGUGGCAUUCGCUCUCUGGACCACACUGUGCUCCAGCCCACUGUGGGCCUCCUCAGUGGAGACUCUGCAGCUAAUGCUAUGUACAUGGGGGGUCAGGAAAUGAAGAAAGUUUUAGAAAGAGACAACGUAACCAUCAAGAAACAUCUGAAAAAGCUUAUAUUUUAUUACGGAGCUACAGACCACUGGUGUCCAGUUCAGUACUACCAUGACAUCAAACAGGACUUUCCAAACGGUGACUUCAGACUCUGUGAGAAUGGGUUCCGCCAUGCCUUUGUCCUGGAUGCUGGAAGAGAAGUUGCCAACAUGGUGGUUGAAUGGAUCAGUGGAGAUUUGAGGACAUGACUUGAUUUUAUUUUUUUUGUCUGAAUUCUCUUCCUGUUGGAGGUGAACACUGACCGCCAUGGCGGCUCUCGGACCACACGGGGCCACAAAGUCCAAUGGCGAAGUUUGAGUUGCUGAAUUUAAAAUGGCAUUUGAGACAUGAAUGAAAGCUCAGAACAGAAAAACAUUAACAGUCAUUUAUUUAUUUAGAUAUGAUUGCAGAAUUGACCAAAAGCAGGGGUGGAACGGUUCUACAAAGAUGACUAUUGACCAACUGGUUUUUCAGGGUCCACAUAAGGAAAAGUGAAAACAAAAGUCACAUAAUACAUUUUAAUAUCCAGAAAUAAUCAGGUGAUGGAUGAAUGCAAUAAUCUAACUCUCAUAUACUUAUGAUGAUUUUUUGUAUGAAAUGGCAAUUAAAGUAUGGACUUUGUUAUUCCUUUGUAAUUAACUAAUUACUGCUGGAUAAAUAAUAACAAGGAUAAAAAAAUAAAGGACAUUCUGUGACGGCAACAGACACCUCAA